AUGUUUUGUUAUUACUGUUCUCAAGAUGUUUUGCUUAACGGAGAUAUUAGACCAAUACGUUUAAUAGAUGUUUGCAAAAAGGAAAUUGUGAACACUAAACAAAUAUGUGAGAAUUGUUAUAAUGUUGGCAAUAUUUGUAUUAUAACCCAUGUAUGGGGUAAUACUAAAAAAUAUGAUUCACUUCAUACACAAAUCAAAAAUUUGACAUGGGAUGUUGCAUUAAGCAAUAAGAAUAAGCUUGAUGAUAUAUUAUCAGGAUGCAGACAACUCAACGUUAAGUGGUGUUGGCUUGAUACAGUGUGCAUCAAACAGGACGAUGAUGACGAGAAAGCUAUUGAAAUACCUAAAAUGUCUUUUUUAUAUAAAACAUCAACAUUU